AUGGCUGCUCCCAGCGUCUCGAAAUCGAAGCUGUCACGGGCCAACGCAGACUUGUAUCUCAUUUCCGAAGAAGAUACAAUUUACGAGCAAGAUAUCCUCCGAGACCCGGGAAGCACGAAGCCUUGGCUGGCAUACAUCGAGUUCAAGUUUCAACAUGGCAACCUUCAAGAGCAGGCAUUCGUCCUCGAGAGAGCCUGCCGGCAACUCCCACGGUCCUACAAGCUGUGGAAGAUGUACUUGACUCUGCGAAUGAAACACCUUGGAAAGCUAAAUCCGGCUAUUUACAAAUCCGAGUAUGCUAAGGUGAAUGCCCUGUACGAACGAGCCUUGAUUCUCCUCAACAAGAUGCCGCGUAUAUGGGAGAUGUACCUGUCGUUCUUGUUACUCCAGCCGAUUGUUACACUCACUCGAAGAACGUUCGACCGUGCUCUCCGAGCUUUGCCUAUGACCCAACACAAUCGCAUAUGGGCGCUUUACAGACCUUUCGCCAAUUCGGCAUCCGGACAGACUGCAGUGAUAAUUUGGAGGCGGUACAUUCAAAUCCACCCCGAGGAUAUCGAGGAUUUCAUUGAGCUGUUGAUUGAGAUGGGCCAUUACACGGAAGCUGUCAAGAAGUACAUGGACGUUUUGAACAACCCGAAAUUCCGGAGCAAGAACAGCAAAGGCCACUAUCAACUAUGGAUGGAAAUGGUCGAUAUACUUGUGGGUCAUGCAAAAACCGUUGAAACUGGGGAUGAGGUCGGAAUCGAUGUGGAGAAGAUCAUUCGCAGCGGUAUUGACCGGUUCGCGGACCAGAGAGGCCAACUAUGGUCCGCUUUGGCGACAUACUGGAUCAAGAGGGGAAGUUUUGAGAGGGCUCGCGAUAUUUUCGAAGAGGGUAUCACUACAGUCAUGACCGCUCGAGAUUUUACCCUGAUAUUCGACGCCUACGUCGAGUUCGAGGAGGCAAUCACAGGGCAGCUCAUGGAAAAUGCUGCGGCUCGAUCAGAAAAGGGAAUUGUAGACGAGAAUGCCGACUUCGACCUGGACAUUCGCAUGAUGCGAUUCGAGCAGCUGAUGGACCGACGACCAUUUUUGAUCAACGAUGUGCUACUCCGGCAGAACCCCAACAAUGUUUCCGAGUGGAACGUUAGGAUAGGAUUGUGGGGCGACAAUAAGCAGGAAGUGGUGCAAGCAUAUACAGAUGCAAUUGCUGCAGUACAACCGAAGAAGGCUGUGGGCCGAUUCCACGAAUUAUGGGCCAAUUACGCCAAGUUCUACGAAAAGGGUGGUGACAUUCGGAAUGCGCGAGUCAUCAUGGAGAAAGCUGUGAAGGUCCCAUUUAAGUCGGUAGCUGAGCUUGCUGAUAUGUGGAUUGAAUGGGCAGAAAUGGAGUUGAGAAAUGAAAACUUUGAAGAAGCCGUAAAAAUCAUGGCCAAAGCCGUUCAAGCCCCGAAACGAUCGACCGUCGACUACUUCGAUGAAACACUUUCUCCACAGCAAAGAGUUCACAAAAGCUGGAAGCUGUGGAGUUUCUAUGUGGAUCUGGUUGAGAGUGUCAGUACGCUGGAGGAGACGAAGAAGGUCUACGAGAGGAUAUUCGAGCUCCGCAUUGCGACACCACAGACUGUGGUCAACUAUGCUAAUCUCAUGGAGGAAAAUAAGUACUUUGAGGAGUCUUUCAAGAUAUACGAGCGAGGUCUGGACUUGUUCAGCUACCCAGUCGCUUUUGAGCUGUGGAAUCUGUACCUGACCAAGGCCGUGGACCGAAAGAUUGGCAUCGAGCGACUGAGAGACCUUUUUGAGCAAGCAGUGGAAGGCUGCCCCCCAAAAUUUGCCAAGGUGUUGUACUUGAUGUAUGGAAAUCUCGAAGAGGAGAGGGGCCUCGCCAGGCACGCUAUGCGGAUAUACGAGCGCGCGACCCGAGCAGUGUCAGAUGAAGACCGCGCAGAUAUGUUCAACUUCUACAUCACGAAGUCUGCCUCGAACUUUGGCUUGCCAUCUACACGACCCAUUUACGAACGCGCAAUUGCAGCACUGCCUGACAAGGAUGCUCGCGAUAUGUGCAUGAAGUUCGCCGAUAUGGAGAAACGAUUGGGCGAAAUCGAUCGGGCAAGAGCGAUCUACGGCCAUGCAUCGCAAUUCUGCGAUCCUCGUACAAGCCCACAGUUUUGGACGAAAUGGGAGUCUUUCGAGGUGCAGCAUGGUAACGAAGAUACCUUCAAGGAGAUGCUGCGGAUCAAGAGAAGUGUCCAGGCGCAGUAUAAUACCGACGUCAACUUCAUCGCCUCUCAGGCUUUGGCACGUAGCCAAGCACAACCAGAGGGAGCGACGGAUGAGGAGCGCGCCGACGCGAUGGCUGCUCUGGAACGUGAGGCCAGAGCACCCGUUGGUUUCGUGGCGGCAAGUACUGGCCCGCAAGUAGGCAACAUCAGCAACGGCGAUGCGCCGGUUGUAGCUACGAAUCCGGAUGCCAUCGACGUGGAUGGCAUGGACGAUGACUGA